CAAAUAAUAUUAAAGAGAUUAACAAAAUGUCACACCACGAAAGGUAUUGCGUUUUAUUCGUAUUUUGUUAAUGUGUUUUUCUAAUUACUUUUAAUUUUCUCUGUAAAUAUUUCUUUAGUAUUUCUAAGAUUAUUGAACUACUUUUUUGAUGUGUGUUAAUAAAUACAGUGAUAUUUGUGUUAAUUACUGCAACGACAAAUGCUUAGUACAGCCGACCUACGAAGAGAUUUUUCAUAUGAUAUUUUUGAUAACGACAAAGCAAUAAAUAUAUUAUUUUGGCAGACAUGGUAGUUUGCUGGGUGAACUACACAUAGUACCAAUAGAAACAUGGGACAACAAACGUCUAGGAAGAGUGGUGAGUGUAGCUGUGGCUGUGGUGCGUGGGAGCGUCGCCGAUACGUGGAGUCACCGAGUAGCGUACAUCGUUAUGUCAGCGCUGUGACUGACAGAUGGAGUGGUCGACAGUGUGCGUGUCGGCGUCGUCGCUGGCGUCGAGCGCCGUGUGUGUGCACGGCCUAUAGGAGGGUCAGCGAUGCCUGUAAUGAUGAUAGAUUGGCUGCAGUACUGACAUUGGGGGCGAGGGACCUCAGACGCGAGUUGGACGCCAUUAAUAUAAAUAUUAUUAAUACAGAGAGUGAAGAGAGCAAUGAGAAUGGUGAACCAACUGCUGAAGUCUACGUGUUGUCAGUCACUCCGAGAAGUAACGAGGAGGUCCCACAAGAAGGUCGACCCAAUGAGUUGGCCCAAAGUGCGGAUGGCUCCAUACGACGCUUCCAAGUGGUCUGCGGUGGCGAGUUGCGUGCGCUGCUGCUUCGUGCGCCUGGUCUUCAGCAGACGCUGACCAAGCCCACCAAGGUGCACACGCAGGUGGAUUACAAGCAUUGUCUAGUUCCCGACUUGCAAGAGAUAACGGCCUGUUCCUUCUACUGGGGCAAGAUGGACCGCUACGAGGCUGAGCGGCUCUUGGACAAUAAGCCUGAAGGUACGUUCCUGCUUCGUGACUCGGCCCAGGAGGAGCAUCUCUUCUCGGUGUCUUUUCGGAAGUACGGGCGGUCUCUUCACGCGCGCAUCGAGCACUACCGCCACCGCUUCAGCUUCGACUGUCACGACCCUGCCGUCUUUGCCGCGCCCACAGUCACCGGCCUCAUCGAGCACUACAAGGACCCCGCGUGCGUGAUGUUCUUCGAGCCGAUGCUGACGGCUCCCCUUCCCCGGAGUAACCCUUUCUCGCUGCAGCAGCUGGCCAGGGCCGUCAUCGUGUCGCACACCAAUUACGACGGUGUAGAGCAGCUGCCACUUCCAGGUCGCCUCCGAGCCUACCUCAAGGAGUACCACUAUCGCCAAAGGGUGCGCGUGAGACGACUAGAGACGGAUCUCUAUUUGACGCACUGACGUCAUUUAGAUUAAUUUUUUUUAAUACAGUUAAGUUGAAGAAAGCGAAAAUAUCUAAAAUAAUUAUCAUUUAUGUUACGUAAGUUUUGACUAAAGAGGAAUUUGUGAAUAAUUUUGGACUAUACUAAAACUUUUAAAUCGAUUCCACAUUUGACAAUUUCAGUGUAAAAUUAUUGACGGAAAUGGAAUAUUUCCGGAUCGAUUUCCCUGAUUUAUAGUAGUUUAUUUAAACAACUACUACUUAAAUAGAAACCAAGUAUAUCAGGAAUUUAAAUAUUUCUGAACGGAUAAUUUAGUUAUGACGAUUUUAUUAAGUUCAGUGAAAGCUUUUCCUGGACGCUUUUUUUUUCUUGAAGACAAGAUUCCACGCCUUUUUGUGAUGUACUUGGCUGAGGAUCCAUUUUGAUGGAAAAUCAAAGCGAAUAGAUUCACUCAAGUUCACAAAAAAACUAUAAACAAUACUGUAAUUAAAAACAAAAAUAUGAACUUUUUAUAAAAUAAAGCAGCGAUUACUAAUUAAUCAAUCAUUAUUAUGAAUAAUUACGUAUUUAAAUAAAAGUCAAUAAUUUAGUGUUUAUAAAUUUUUUUGUACAUCACUACACUUUUAUAUGUGGUAUCAUUAUUUUAAUGACAAUAUGCCAAUGGACUUUGUAUCCGGUUAAUAAAUAAAUUAAAAAAAAAAUUACAGUAGCUGUCAAAUGUGGAAUCGAAAUAUAAGUCGUGGUAUAGGGUUAAAUCUGGAAUAUUUUUAAGUCUUCCCUGAAAGUAUUAGUAUAGACUAUAGACUAGUUGGUACUGCGAUACUGUAAUUGUUUAAAAUGGCAACAUUCAAAAUCCUAUGAAACGUUAUGGAUAAUGCAUUUCUCAAUUAGUUGACUAUUUUUCCCUAGAUGUUAUUUAAUUGUAAUAUUUUUAUACGAGUUUUCGGAAUUUAAUGAAGUCUCCAAUGGCCUCAAGAUCAAAUGUCUUAACUGGGACGGCAGCACUGUUGAUAGUUUUAUAUUUCCUCAAGAGAUGGCGCUGAUGGCUUAUUAACACGCGCUAUUGAAAUAUCUUAGUCUACCAAUAAGAAAUCAAUAGUUCUUUUAGCGUUCAUGUUUGGUCAAUGAGUUCUUAGUUAGUAUUUCUUAGUUCUUAGUCUUCAGUCUUCUUCUUUACUGCUAUCUAAGCCCCUUUAAUGGCUCAAUCCCGCCUGUAUAUUCGCUUUAUUGGUGAAGUGAAGCAGUGUUGCCAGAUCAAGGGAUUUUCCUCUAGGGUUUUCUUUCUAAUUUUUAAGGGGAGUAGGGUGUAUCCUAGGGGAUUUCUGGGAGGAAUUCAAAUUAGUCUAGGGGUAUGUCGUCAUUUCAUCUGGCAACACUGAAGUGAAGUCUUCUUGAGUAAAUUACCGUAGAAGUAAGAAGUCGACUGCGUGCCAGGUACAGGAUCACCUACUUGGUUAUUAGGUUGACACGUUUAUAAAAUUUGAGGCCUAGAACUAAAUUAAAAAAAAUCUAAUAUGAAGUUAAAAUCGCCUAUAUUUCAUAUCAACAAAGAAUUAGUAUUCGACAGUGUUGUCCUGUUCACGAACUGUCAGAUUCAGUGUUUGACAAUUGACACGUCAAAGGGCCUCAACAUGUACAUUUUGACAAUUGAGCUUGCAAAUUAUGUAAUUCCUAGUGACUAUAUAUAAGUGUAAAUACUUUGUUUAAGAUUUAAAACCUCGUCUUGCGGUGAUUCACUGGCCAUUUUGGGAACAUUUUUUUUUUCUUUUUUUUUUAAUGGCAAUAGUGUCCUGUCAGUUCGCCCCCUGUUCUAUAAAAAAAAACUUUAAUUUCUCAAAAUUUGUUUAGUUUUAAAUAAAUUAUACUUAGUUUAAUAUGAAAAUUCACAAAUGGCUAGUGAAUUUGCGUAGGACGUGUAUUGUACAUUUUUAUAUUAUUUUAAUGAAGUUAAGGCUGGUUCACACAUGUCUCCGUUUUAUUGUGUACGUGUUUUUUUUGUAUGUAUGAGCGAC